AUGGAUUUGAAAAUACCAAUAAUCUACAUGUUUGAGAUAGUCGUAGGAAUCUUGGGCAAUCUCAUACUCAUCGUUCAUUACUUCUGCCUAUACAUCCAUGGAUGCAGGUCACGGUCAACAGACUUGAUUCUCAGAAACCUCACUGUAGCCAAUUCCUUGGUGAUUCUCUCUAAUGGAGUCCCCAAGACAAUGGCAGCUUUGGGGGUGAAAGAUUUCCUCAAUGAUUUUGGAUGCAAGCUUGUUUUAUACAUUCACAGAGUGGCCAGGGGGGUGUCCAUUGGCAGCACCUGCCUGUUGAGUGUCUCCCAGGCCAUCACCAUCAGCCCCAGGAACUCCAGGUGGGCACAUGUUAAGCAAAAAGCCCUCAAGCACAUUGGUCUCUCCAGUAUCCACUGCUGGGUACUGCACCUGCUGGUCAGUGCCGUUUUCCCUAUUUAUACGUCUGUGAAAAGGAGCAACAAAAUCACCAUGAAAAGAAAUGAUUUGGGAUACUGUUCUUUUCCAAACAAUGACAACACUACAUUAGCGCUCUUUGUAUCAUUGGUGUCUUGCCAUGAUGUUGUGUGUUUGGGACUCAUGGCCUGGGCCAGCUGCUCCAUGGUUUCCAUCCUGUACAGGCAUCAGCAGCAGGUCCGGCACAUUUACACGAACAACUUCUCACCCAGAUCCUCCGCUGAGAGGAGAGCUUCCCAAAACAUCAUUUUCCUGGUGAGCACUUUUGUAUCUUUCUAUGUCCUCUCCUCUGUUAUUGGCACCUAUUUGUCUCUGUUUGAUCAUCCCAGUCAGUGGCUGGUGAACAUGUAUGCUUUAUUAACUGCGUGUUUCCCAACAGCCAGCCCUUUUAUUCUCAUGAAAAGUGACACCCGUGUAUUGAGUUUAUGCUAUGUUUGUUCUAAAAGGAAUGCAUAA